UUCAGCUACAGCCGCAAACCAGGCAACGAUCCCCGUGAUCUGCCAGUGAUCUGCCGCUCGUAAGGCGCUGACAUGCUGUCAUUGUGGUCCCUUCAGCGAGUGGUGAGGCUCAAGACAUCCGCACAAGACACCCGCCGCCCAGACGCCAGCAUCCACCUCGUCGCACGGCGAUGCUGCCCCGCCUAUGAGCUGCUCGCCGUCGGCCUCAGCACGCCCCACGUGCUCAUCCGGUUCUGCUCAGGCGGCAGCAGAGAUGCCCUGCUGGUCACUAUCGGCCUCCCCGACGACGGACCUCUGUCAGCCAUGGACCUCUCGCCCGACGGCCAGAUCCUCGUCGGCGCCACGGUGUCGCGCCAGGUGGUGGUCAUUCCCGUCAUGCAGCACGUGAGGCACCACCUGGCCUCCCACCCUGCAGCGUCGAGGGCGUCUGCUGGCGGGAUCGCGGGGCUGCUCUCGUCGUUCACACUCGUGAGGUGGGUGGACAACGGCCUUCCCACGACGGCAGAGAUCCGCACCAUCGGCGUCCCCUCCCUCACUGCCGAUCCCACGGGCGUGUCCUAUGCCGUCUGGUGGGCGGCCGACGUGCAGCGCGGCGACAGACAGAGGCGGAAGAGCUCUAUUGGUGUCGGUGGCGGCGAGGGGCGUGCCGAUUACGUGUUUCUGAGCACCUUUGCUGGUCGGCUGGUGUGCUUCCAUCUGGGGACGAUAAGCGAGGUGUUUCAGCUGCAGAUCCCCACCAACGCGAGCAUCGUGUCGAUGGAGCUCUGUGAGACGGCUGAGGCCUCCUGGCUGCUGCUCGAGACAGUGAGGGAGCCCAGAAUGUGGCGCCUGCCGCUGAGGGUGCCGGGCGGCGGGGAAGGCACAGACGGGGCGCAGUGGAUUGUGGAGGGCGACAAGAGGAGGGCCGGCAUGCCGCCGUUCGAGUGGGAGGCUGUCAACGUCGCUGCGCAGCAAAAACUUCGCGUGCAGGUGCGCCAGCCUCAAAGGGUAACAAGAGAUCAGCAGUCACGCAUUUGCUGUGUGUUUGUCGCAGCACCGGCGGCAGGGCGGCAGUGGUGGAUCUCCCUCCAGCAGCGAGGCACCUGCCCCCUCCUCCCAGCAGUGUGUGAUCGGCUGUCUGCAGCCCUCGUCCAAUGAGAUCAUCCUCUCGCCCCCGUCCAUGCCCGACUGCCCUUUCGCCAAGAUACCCCUCCCACCCCCACCUGAAGAUGCGCAGGCGGGCGUGGCUGCUUCUGGUGCUGGUCGUGGCGGUGUGGAGGGCGGCGUGAGUGUGCAGCUGUACGAUGCCGUCAUUCUGCGUGGCGGGUGUGUGCUCACCCUCGCCAACGUCAAGGGCGGUAGCGACGGACACACCGUCGUCACACUGUGGACGGCGCGCCCCUCGGCACUGGUAUGGUAUCAUGCGUCGAGAUCCACGCCUGCCUGCCCGUUUGUGUAUCUGGUGUUCUGUCUGUUGUGCCUGCCCUGUGUGUGAUUCACUCAGUCUGAUUCCAGCCCCCAGUGGCACAACGCGCGCAUCCAGGAGUUCUGUCUGCCGCCGGGGCAGCGGGUGCUCGGCUCCCUGCCGGGCUACGACUACGAGCCAGCCUUCACGGCAGAUGACGACAGCACUGAGGGCCGCGAUCGCGAGGGCAGCACGUGGGCCUUCCUGUGGACGGUCGAGUGUGUGUAUGUGCUGCGGGGCGCGACGGCCGCCAUGUGCAGCCAGCUGGAAGAAGCCAUGUUCCUCGGAGUCGUCAUCCAGGUGCGCAUGGCAUGAAGGCCGAAAAUGGGACCACCCUGACGACUGGCUGAGUACGGUUGAUUGCACUCGUGUGUGUGUUUUGUGUUUGUGUGUGCAGAAUAUUCUUGAUGAGGAGUCUGAUGGUACUGAGGGGUCGGACACGUCACCCAAGAGCCCACACCCGCCAUGGAACGGCCGCACCUCACCCACGCGAGAACCUGCCGCCGACGCCGGUGGGGGCAGCCCUCUGCUCAACGGCGUCCCGGCAGGCGCCGAGGGGACCGUUUCCCCAUCUGAGCGGGAAAGGUACAAACCAGGAAAGAGGUGCCGGGAGAGAGAGAGAGAGACCCAUGGAUGUGUGUCUAUCGCCUUUCUGUUGUGUUCGGCAGCCGGCCCAGCCGUGAUCGUCGAUCGUCCCUGCAGAGGUUCGUUGGUCCUGGAUCGCUGCUCGACCUGCAACAAGGUAAGGUACCAAGCGAAUGAAGGGAACACCUGACACCUGAUAUAUCAGCAACUCUCCCCUCCCCCUCCCUGUCGGUCUGAUGCGUGCAGGCCUUCCCUUGCUGUGUUGGGCGCUUGACCUGGACUUCGAUGCCGUCGUCACAUCUGGCGGAUCGCGGUUCUUCGUGUCCAGCGAAGCGCCAGCCUGGACACCCACCCUGGUCAAGAACCGACUCACCGGACCUAAUGACGUCAGAAAAUUCGCUCUCGAGGUACAUACACAAUUCUCCCAGCCGGGACCAUAACCACAGCACACCACAGCACAGCACAGCAUCUGUCUGUGUGCGAUCGAUUAGGUGUGGGGGCUGGUUGGCCAAGUAUCGCUCGACACGCUCCACCGGACCCUCUUGGCUGUCCCCUGGGAGCCGUCGGCCGCGCCAUUCGCCGCUCGGCUGCUGCAGCUGCUGACGGACCACUGGGGGGAGCAGUCGGCCAUGCAGCCAGCCAGCCACCGGUGGUACCUCAAGAACAUCGCAUUCCUCCUCGCACUGAGGCACAUCGAAAUGGAGAGGGCGCUCGGACGAGACCACUCUGGCCCCCAAGACAGAGACAGUGAGGGCGAUCUCCUUGAGUGGGCGGACGAUGUGAGCCGGAGGGCGAUUGGCGGGGCUGUGGGGUCCGACCCCGACCACCCGUUCAAGUGUUCGUAUCCGUUGUACACGGAGUGGGUCAAGAGGGAACUCAGGGCGUGGCGGGCCUCCCAGCAGCAUAUGGGAGGGGAGCCGGCCGUCCAGCAGCCCUUUCAAGACAAACGGCAUGAGGAGGGGGAACUGGAUGUUGAUGAUGUCGCCAUGCCCCCACCACUGGAGUUGCCGGAGGGUCGUGUCGGCAUCGAUGUGUCCGGCGAGGAGGCUGCUGAGCCUCGAACAGAGGUGGAGGGUGGUCCUGCGUCCGCUCCUGCUGCUGCUGAAAGCGCCGAGCUGCGAGACGGAGAGCCGCCCUUAGGCAAGAAAGGUGAGUGAGGAAUCGACGAUGCACAGACAGAUGUGGCGGGACGGACGGGCACAAUGAUGGGGUGGACGUUCCUUCAGUUGUUCACUGGCCUGACGAUCUCGAUCGCACCAUGUCGCUGCUCCUGCCCUUCAAACUCCAGUAAGUCAGUACAUACUUGAGCCACACAAGUCUGUCUCAUGAGGCACAAAGAAAGAUGCCCUGCCCACUGAGCAGCGUCUGUCUUAUUUGAUGUGAUGCAGGGUCCUCUCCCAUUGCCGCGGCGGCCGGUCGCACCGGAAGUUUGAGUACACGCCGGCCACGACCGUGCACCUGGUCAGGUGCAUCUCCCGCUCAGUCGCCCAGAGCCUCACCGCCCCCGAUGAGAGUCCCCAAGCCUCCCUGGGCCCCCUGUUCUUCGGCCUCUUCUGGGAGCUCCUGACGCACCGCAACCAUGAUGCGGGUGACGAUGCAUUGCGUGGAUAUCGCUACGACAGGGACGCCUCUGACGAGCACCGUGUGCUGCCUGACGGGCGGCCACAGCUGAUGGAGGCAGUGGACCUGGCGAGACAGCCGCUGCAUCUGGUGCUGCUAGCCGUGGUGACACUGGUCAGCUCUCUCCGGGAUAUAAUGGCGACUCUGAUGAAGGCGGAACCUGACACCUCCGGCGCCGCUGCCGUCGAGGGCCUGGUCCGUGUCACUUGGGAGGCCCUCUACGCCUUCUUCUGCUGCUGGAAGCUGGCCAUCGCCGACACCCCCUGUGCCCUGCACGUCAAGGGCGUCCGGGCGUCGUCUGAGGGGCAGGAGGGAGCUUCGUCACACUGUAUUCACACGUCAGCCCUCGACCUGGUGCAUGGAGUCGCCAGAAGGCCCGACGCUGCAUCAUCACAGAGGCGGCCGACAGCACUGGUCACUUCCAGCGACCGUGUGGCUGAGGGAGCGGAGAAUGAGGGGGCCAGGCUCGUCAGAGUGGUCCCGAACGCUCUGGAGACCUUCAUCGCAAGGCACUGCGACGGGCCACCCUCCCCUCACCAGUCGCCUGCCGAUCCGGCUCUCGACGCCAUGGCCCUCUGCAUACCCCAUCACAUAGACGGCACACAUGAGGGUGCUGAAGGCGACGGGCGGCCGUCAGCCUCCCUGGGUCAGUCGUUCGCCGCCUGCAGCAGCGACAGCCACAGCAUGUGGUCCAGCAGCUCUGUCACCGAUGAGGAGGAAGACGAUCGCCUGAGCGCCCUCGACCAUGACGGCGACAACACGGCCGCCAGUGGGUACGCCACCCCCUCCCAUACCCCUGCGGUGCUGAGGCGGAUGCGGCGACAUCGGCCGAUCAAGGGGGGUGCAACGAGUCUCAAGCAGGGGUUCGGGGUGAGGUUGGAGGCGACGCCUUUGAUGGUGCUCUAUGGCCUGCAGCACUUCGUCAUGAGCAAGUGGCCGGCGGGGGUCGAUCAAGCGGCUGUAGCUGACGGAAGUCCACCCUCGUCGGUUGAUGCAGUGGCUGCGGUGGAUGUGGGCGACUGGAUGGAUGCUGUGGGGUCAUGCAGCGACAGAGAGGCCCUUCGGUCCCUCUGGGAAGGGUCGGCUCGGUCGGCGGUGUCUGUCGAGAGGCUUCUCGGCACCCAAGAAGCUGCAGGCAGCGACGGCAGGGCGUGCGAAGGGUGGGAUGUCACAUCCAACAGGGUGCGCAGAGCCCCCACACACACUUGCGUAAGAGAUCUUUUGUGUGCCUUGCCCGUUCAGGCGGCGUGUGAUGAGGGCGUCCGUGAGCUGUCGCGGGUGUGGCGGUGCGGCCUCGGCGAGUGUGCCGGGUUCAGUGGGGGGAUGCUGCUGGCCUGGAUGGUAGGUGAAACCACCCACCACCACCCACCAUCCACAGCUACUGACUAUGUGUCUGUGUGAGUGUGUCUUUGUCGGUCAGGCGUGGAGGCAUCCGUGGCUGUUCAGCGAUCUCCCAUGGACGCCACAUUUCCGACUCUACCUCACUCAUGUGAGCAGCCGAGCACCCCAAGCCACCCACCAGUCAGAACGCCCCUGACUUCCUGUGUGGCUGGUGGGUUGUGUUCAGUGGAAGCGGCGUGUGUGUUCGCAAUGUCGAUGUGACUAGAGGCGAAUGAGGAUGUGGCGUGGCUGGCGUGUGGUGGUGUGUGGCCUUCCUU